UCAGUAGUAGCUCAACGGUCGUGGGCUAAAUUUACGCGUUCUUUACGUAAUUACCGUACAGCAACGUCUUUCAGAGAGCGAGACAAUCGAUCGAAGGCUUCAUCGGAUCAGAUACGCGAAUAACAAAGCGAUUAAGUUCAACGUCGUGUGGAUUUAUUUACUUUUGUCGAAGUACGAGAGAGAGAGAAAAAAAGAGAGCGAUCUAAAGUCGCCGUGAGCACACGAGGUCAAUUAAACGCACAAUGCUUUCACUUUGUACAUCGUAACGCGUGGUGUGUACUUAUUACGAGGAAAAUGAGAGAGAGAGAGAGAGAGAGAGAGAGAGAGAGAGAGAGAGAGAGAGAGAGAGAGAGAGAGAGAGAGAGAGAGCUAUUUCACUGCAGGUUGAACGUUCUUUGAUUGGACAUUAUUUUUAUCGUGUAUAUUCAUGCAACUCGCGCGCGAGAGUGGCUUUCUUUUGAUGUUUACCGGAUAAAAGAAGAGAAGGGGGAAGCUUUAUGCGGUUUUUCGUCGAUUCUUAUGAAUUUAUAUACAUACGUGCAGUGUAUGAGCGUGUGUGUGUCUCCACAACGUUGCGUUGUAACCGUAUGUGUACUUUUAUGACCGUUGAGAACAUUUUUUUCUUUUUAUUAUCGUUUACAGAGGAGUUGUUGCUGCAUGACAGUAUGAGGUGCAGUGCAGCAAAGAAAAAAAAUUGUCGUGUAACUGUUUCCGCAAAUUCUAAUGUUGUAACCUUUCACUUCUAGCUUCCGAGUACGAUGUAAUUGACUUUUCUAAGUCAUCGUAAUGACAUGAUUUUCAUCAGGUUCCAUCUAUGAAUGUUCUUUCGUCUUGGUGCGGAUGACGCAAUUUAAUAAUCUGAAAGAUAUGAAUAAGUUGUCCAUUUUUUGUGCAGUACUUGAAAAUAAGAUACAUCUGUCAGAUUUGUCUCGACGGGGUAGCUUAUAAUGGCUUCGGUAAUUAGGGACAAAUAUAAACGCAUUAUAGUUGUAUACAGCAAAUCCGGCUUCAAUUAGAAUAACCAGUCAUUUAAUCAGUUGUCCACGUAUCGAGAACAGACACACGAGUAAUUGGAAUAUUAACGGAGCAUAUUAUUUUAAUUAAAGUAAUUAGACUGUCAAUUAAGCUACUGAAAAUUGAGUCAACCGGCAGACGUUAACACUUUUCCGGUGAAAACCUCAUUGGGUACAUUAUUGAUCGAUAACUAUGUCGGUAAUUUAACCGCAUAUGAUACGGAAGAAAGUGUUGUGCUUUUUCAUCGCAUGUUUACACUAUUAUGUAAGUAUUUGAUAAACGUUUUUUAAAAGCAAUUAAUAUUCAUCAUUGUACUUUGGUCUAAUAAUAAAACACUUGUCGGCUAAUUGAAAGCCCCGCGAAAUUUGGCUUGGACUGCGUUUCUCGACUCCAAGCACUUAGCAUGCCUAUGGGUAAAACAAAUAUUAAGACACUUGAACUCUAGUUUACACUUAUUAUCGACAAUUUAUAUGCGUGAUAAUUAACCUACACGCCGAAUUCGCGCAGAGCGACAGACAUAGCUGUUUGCAAUUAGUCGUGGCAAAUGUUUUAUUAUCGGGUGGAAGUUUAACACUGGCUCUAGAUAUGUUCGCGUGACACGUGUCUUUUUGUCUCUUUGAGAGAAAAAGACGCGUGGCUUAUCGGUUAAGAAAACAAAUUCUUUUUGCCAGAGAUUUGCACUGCAUUUAUACGUAAAACAUAUCACUGUGCACGAACAAUUAGUUCGAGCUUGAAUGCAGUAAAAGCAAUAAUAAAGCAAGCAACGUAUAUAUAAUACAGCGUGUAUAUACAUAUAGUAUAGAGAUAAGUCCGUGUACGAGUGGAGGGUUGUAUGACAAUCGCCGUCUUGGAAGGCGGUGUAUCCCCACUAUAUGCACGGAUGCAGUUUUGAAUGACAAAAAAGCAAGAGCUCGUCGCCUCGCUUCCUUAUAAGAGCACACAGUUUUGAUUCAUGGUCCGGGUGGUGAUCAUUCGACGACGUAACGCAGGCUCGCUGAUCUUCGCGACGAAAUGACAUUCUUCAGCUGUUUGCUUUUGACGGCGCUCUACUUUUCGCCGAUCCUCAGUAUAAUAACGAGACAGGCCAUGGACGACCUGAGACAGCAGCAGAGCCAUUGCCUUCGACUGAGUGGCGUGACUAAGGAUCAAUUGGAAAUGGCUCGGAUCGAUCGUCGAAUCCACGAGGAAGAGAACCUGGAAAAGUUUGCCGGCUGCUUGCUAAACAAAUUUAGGAUCAUGAACGCGGACGGUACGAUCAACCAUGACAGUGGGUCUUACGUGUUGAUCACCGAUGACCCGGGAUCUUUCCUAGCCGCUCGCAAAUGCGCGACUCUCGCUUCCAGUGUACGUGUCUACAAUAGUUAAUGCCUCGUUUCAAAAGUAUAAAGGCGACCUGCUCGAGCGAUCAAUUACCAGUUUCCACUAAACAUUGGUUCAGCGCAUUCGCCCAAGUACUUUUCGAAGAUGAGGACUGC